AGGGUCUGGCAGAGACCACCCCCAACCCCCCAAUUGAGAAAAAUCUCGUGACAAUAUCAGCAACCGGAUGACCGGCAACACCGGUUUCCGUAUGGAAAGAGAAAGUGUCGAAAAAUGUUUAAAUACUCAAAAUUGGGCUAGUAUGUUCCUUCACACGUCCCAUCUGCUUCUUCCCUCUCCUCUCCCCUCCCCCUCUCUCUCUACAUUGCUCUCUCUCUCUACCAUGGAAUCCGACAGCCGGCCGUUAUUCCUUACGACGGUUGAGUCGCCGCUCAGCAAAUGAGAAAUGCAACCUCGCGAGCUUCUUUUGCUUCGUCUGUAGAAGUCGUCGAGCUUGCUUCCUCUGUUCUUGCCCAUCGCCUGUAGCUUUUCCGGUGCCACAAACAUCUCUGUUUAUCGUCUCCGAGACUCGAAUUCUCCGAUCAGAUCGUCGAUCUUGUCCGCCGGUGGAUUCAUUGCGCACCGCUCAACCGGACUGUGGUUCGUGCUUGGAUGUUGCAUAUCGGCCUCUACGAAGCUCAAACACUACAAAAAUAGAUAAACCAGAGAAACCAUUUCAUUAAAAAAAAGAAAAAAGAAAAAUCAUGCUAGAUCUCAAUCUCAGUGUCGGUUCGAGUGAUACGGCUCGGAACGAAGAGCCGGUGAAGCUAGGGAUACUCCCGGAGAGCUCUAGAAGCCAAAUGGACGAGUCAGGGACCUCGAACUCAUCAAUAGUGAAUGCGGAAGCCUCGAGUAAUGGAGGCGAUGAUGACUCCUGCUCAACUCGGAGCAUUUUCUUUAGUUUCGACAUCUUGAAGGUUGGAGGUAAUGAAAACGACGUUGUGACGAGGCAGCUGUUACCAAUGAGUGGUGGUGGAGAGGAUGGGGAUUCUAGGAAUUGUCAGGGCCAGUCCUCGUUAUCUUCGUCGUCUCGACAAAACUGGAUCGAUCUGUCGUUCGGUCAGAGUGGUGGGUCUAGAGGUGAAGGCGUGCCGGAGCUGAGGGUGGUGCCGCCGCAGCCGCAGCAGCCUCCGGUGAAGAAGAGCCGGCGAGGACCCAGGUCUCGGAGCUCGCAGUACAGAGGAGUGACCUUCUAUAGGAGGACUGGGCGCUGGGAAUCUCACAUAUGGGAUUGUGGGAAACAAGUUUAUUUGGGCGGAUUCGACACUGCUCAUGCUGCGGCUAGAGCCUAUGAUCGAGCAGCUAUCAAGUUCAGGGGUGUUGACGCCGACAUAAAUUUUAAUCUUAGCGAUUAUGAAGAUGACUUGAAACAGAUGAAGAAUAUGACCAAGGAAGAAUUCGUGCACAUUCUCCGUCGCCAGAGCACUGGUUUUUCUAGGGGUAGCUCGAAAUACAGAGGGGUGACUUUGCACAAGUGCGGCCGAUGGGAAGCUCGGAUGGGCCAAUUCCUUGGCAAAAAGUAUAUAUAUCUUGGGCUAUUCGACAGCGAAGUAGAAGCUGCAAGGGCUUAUGACAAAGCGGCUAUCAAAUGCAACGGGAGGGAGGCGGUCACCAACUUUGAGCCAAGCACAUACCAAGGAGAGAUGAUCUCAGAGGCCAAUAACGGAGGUAGUGAUCACGCUCUUGAUCUGAACCUGGGGAUUUCUCCUCCUUUUGGCGAUAAACUAAAGGAAAAGUAUGGUUUGGAGCAUUUCCAAUAUUGCUGCCCCCUUUCUGAUAUGCAUGAUGGAAGGAGAUCAAGGGUAAAGAUGGAGAACCCUGCUACAGCAACAGCAGGCGAUCCCCCUGUCAGAGGGUUCGCAAUAACAUCAGAGCAGCAUCCUUUAUGGAGCGGUCUGUACCCCAGUUUCUUUCCCAAUUGUGAGGAAAGAGCAAAAGAGAAAAGAAUUGAAGUAGGUUCUUCACAAGGGGUCCCAAACUGGGCGUGGCAAAUUCCCCGUCAGGUCUCUGCUAUCUCAGUGCCAUUAUUCUCUACUGCAGCAUCAUCAGGAUUCUCAUCUUCAGCCACCGCUCCUCACCCCUCCUCCUCAUCGGCUGCCAUUCAUACGCCGACGCCUUCAAAUCCCAUAGCCCACAACCUUUGUUUUAGUUCAUCCGCCAUGCUUGCUCCCAACUCCCAAUUCUACUACCACGUGAAGCCACCGCCCCCACCCCCACCGCCAUAAUCUAUUUUCCUCUGCAUCAAGGUUGAUAGAGAGGCUGCUCCACUUCACAAGGCAGUGGUGUUCGUUUGAAAAUUCAUCCGUGCGAGUCUCAAAAUGUGAUCCACAUGACCAAAACCUUUUCUUUUUAAAAGUUCUACGUCCUCCCUAGUUCAUUGCUAUGUAGGAUAUUGAGGGUAAAAAAAAAAAAAAACAGAAGGAAAAGCGAAUCUCAUUUGCCUUUAGUGAAAUGGCAUUAUGAAUUUGAUUAAUAUUUGGGCUUUUUUGCCUCUUAGCGAAGCAUUGUUUGAUUUGUUUUUGUGAUUUGUGUCCACGGAUUCCAUUUUCAUUGUUAAAGAAAGUACAGCUUAUUUGGAGCAA